UGGGCUUGCUCGCGUCACCGCCCAUCAGCUGAGACUGGCAGCGGAGGGCGGUGGACCCCGGGGUGACAGCGUCUGGCCCCGGAGGAGAAGGAAGCCGAUGAGGUUAGGGUGACUCCUAGAAAUCCAUAUAGCCUACUUGCAUCUGAUGAAAUCAGUCAGUCAGCCAACCAGCCAUGUCUUACACUCCAGGGAUUGGUGGGGACCCUGCCCAGCUGGCACAGCGCAUCUCUUCUAACAUCCAAAAGAUCACACAAUGCUCCGUGGAAAUACAAAAAACUCUGAAUCAACUUGGAACCCCUCAAGAUUCACCAGAAUUGAGGCAACAGCUGCAGCAGAAGCAGCAGUACACUAACCAGCUUGCGAAAGAAACAGAUAAGUACAUUAAGGAGUUUGGAUCACUGCCUACCACCCCCAGUGAGCAGCGCCAGAGAAAGAUACAGAAGGACAGAUUAGUGGCGGAAUUCACAACAUCGCUGACAAACUUUCAGAAGGCCCAGCGGCAAGCUGCUGAGAGGGAGAAAGAGUUUGUUGCCCGAGUGAGAGCCAGCUCCAGGGUAUCGGGUGGUUUUCCUGAAGACAGCUCAAAAGAAAAGAAUCUUGUUUCCUGGGAAAGUCAAAUACAGCCUCAAGUCCAGGUCCAAGAUGAAGAAAUUACAGAGGAUGACCUCCGCCUUAUUCAUGAGAGAGAGUCUUCAAUCCGGCAGCUGGAAGCUGAUAUUAUGGACAUUAAUGAAAUAUUUAAAGACUUGGGGAUGAUGAUUCAUGAACAAGGAGAUGUGAUUGACAGCAUAGAAGCCAACGUAGAAAGUGCAGAGGUGCAUGUCCAACAGGCAAACCAGCAGCUCUCAAGAGCAGCGGAUUAUCAGCGCAAAUCCAGGAAAACGCUUUGCAUCAUCAUUUUUAUCCUCGUUGUCGGAAUUGUGAUCAUCUGUCUCAUCGUAUGGGGACUGAAAGGCUGAGUCGUGAAGGAGCGGACCGCUGCAUGACGUUGUCUGGGUUGUGUAGGCCGAUCCUCGUGAUCACUUUCUAUUACUAUUGUUAUUUUAAGGCUGUGGUGUAAAGGAUGGUCCCGUACUUUGUCAUUCUCACUGGGAAGGAGCUUCUUUUGGAUUCGAUCUGGUGUUUUCUAAUAUGAAGGUUUUUCUAAAUACCGUCGCUGGUAUGAGUUCCGUCUUUUUAGUUCAGUGGCUGUCAGGUUUUGCUCACAUUGUAUAUGACUUUCGGUUAUAAUUUAUUUAUAUUGUCUGACUGAGUUUGGGGGAUUACUCGAUUGGUAGGUGUACUCUGCUUACACCUUUGUCACUGUGUAACAUGAACCCAGUUUGUGCUAUCUUAUUUUUAAAAAUUCAGGUUUAAAUCUGACUUGUCCAGCAAUUAUUCUCCCUAACAAAACCUUAACAUAAAUGUUUGUGGGACGUUUUACCCCCUGUGGUCCCCAGCCAUGGGGAACGUUAUUGAUCUUUCAUUAUUGGAUUACUUUUGUCUUCUCUGAAUAAGGUCUGUGAACCAUUUCCCAAUGUGUAUAUAUACCUUUGCUAUGGAUUGCAUCGUAAGGACAGUAAGGAUAGAUUGUUUUUACAUGUGGUCUGUUUAAUCCGAUGUGUACUAAGCAAAGCAUAGUAACUGUAAUGUUUGCUGUAACUUGGAGGAAGUACCUGAAAAAUCCAUACCAAUAUCUAUUCUGUGUAGAGGCUAAAAAUUCCAGUUUCUUUACUGCACCGAACAACCUUCAUACUGUCUGGCUUUGUGUUCUGCAGAAUACUGAUUAGAUGUGUAUCUUUGGGUCAUCAUCACAAAGUCACGUUCCCACAGUCACAGGUUUGGGGCUUAAUUUUGACACUUACAGUUUAUUUAGAGUGCCAUUUUUUAUCAUCCUUCAUUAGAAUAAGAAUCAGAUGUCUGCCCAUAAACUCACUUGCCUUUUUAAAUCAGUGUUUUAAUGCACUAAUCCGAAUGCUGUAAAGGGGGCUAUCUUAGUUUAGCGUUUGUGUUUUAUAUUGUUCUUAUAUCGCAGUUUGCUAGUGAAGGCAUUGUUUAAUGUGGCAGGCUCUGCAACACUGAAAUGGGAACAAGUGAAAUAGUAACUAUGUAACUGUAUCCUUGCAAGCAGAAUAAAGAUGAUUUCAGAGAUGUCUGCUAA